CCACGCGGUUUCUCGCCGAUCUCGCCGACGUUGACGUACGUCGAAUGGGAAAUAAUUUUUAAAAAUCUUGGGUUUUAUAGUGCAGUUUUUGGCCUUCCCAGUGGUGUUAAUGUUAUAAAAGUGAUUACAUUGUUUCGCAGAAAUGGCUCGAUAUGGGCAGAGACCCGAAAAUGCCCUCAAACGGGCGAAUGAAUUCAUCGAAGUUGGCAAACCUGCAAGGGCUUUAGACACCUUACAAGAAGUUUUCCGCAACAAAAAAUGGACAUACAGCUGGUCCGAGUCGGUCCUCGAACCGAUCAUGUUCAAAUACCUGGACCUCUGCGUGGAACUGAAAAAAUCCCACAUUGCCAAAGAGGGUCUUUUCCAGUACCGGAACAUGUUCCAAUCCGUCAACGUCGGAAGUUUAGAGAACGUAAUUCGUGGUUACUUACGCAUGGCAGAAGAAAAAACAGAGGCUGCCAGGAAACAAAGUCAGCAAGCAGUGAUCGACAUCGACGAUCUCGACAAUCUGGCGACCCCCGAAAGCAUUUUAUUAUCCGCCGUGAGCGGUGAGGAUGCUCAGGAUAGAAGCGAUCGCACUAUCUUAACUCCCUGGGUGAAAUUUCUUUGGGAAUCCUACUGCCAGUGUCUAGAAUUGUUGAGGACCAAUGCUCAUGUCGAGACCCUUUAUCAUGACAUCGCACGCAUGGCUUUCCAAUUUUGUCUCGAGUACCAGCGCAAGACUGAAUUCCGAAAACUCUGCGAAAAACUUCGCAAACACUUGGAAGACAUCUGCAAACUUCCGCCGCUCGUCUCCAACGUCUCCAUCAAUAAAGUUGAAACCCAGCAACUCAAUCUCGAGACUCGUCUAAAUCAGCUCGACUCGGCAAUCCAAAUGGAACUUUGGCAAGAAGCCUACAAAGCCAUUGAGGAUAUCCAUGGACUCAUGAAUCUUUCCAAGAAGAUGCCAGUCCCAAAAACGAUGGCCAAUUACUAUCAAAAACUCGCCAUGGUUUUCUGGAAAGCCGGAAACUAUCUAUUCCAUGCCGCAGCUUUGCUGAAACUCUUGCAAUUGUCUCGCGAUAUGAAGAAGAAUAUGUCCCCCGAGGAACAGCAGCGUUUGGCGAACCGAGUUUUACUCGCCACUUUGUCAAUCCCACUGCCCUCGGCUCAUCCCGAGUUCGAUCGCUUCAUCGAGACCGACAAGAGCCCACAGGAAAAGGCUCAGAAACUUGCAGUUCUCUUGGGACUUACGCAGCCACCAACUCGAGUUUCUUUACUAAGGGACAUUUGUCGCUUGAAUGUCCUCAACCUCGUUUCCCCGCAACUCCAGAAUCUCCAUUCCUGGUUGGAGGUCGAAUUCCAUCCCUUGGAUCUUUGCAGCAGAGUGGACACCGUCAUCCAGACUCUCCAGACUGACGAGACGAGUCCCUUGGCACAGUACAUUUCUGCUCUUCAGGACGUGACCCUCGUUCGUCUAGUGCACCAGGUCUCUCAAGUCUAUCAGUCGAUCCAGCUGGCUCGUCUUCUAGAACUUGCAAAGUUCACGACCGAUUUUCAUCUAGAGCGACUUCUCGUUGACUGUGUGAGGUACAACGACAUGCAAAUAAGAAUUGAUCAUAAGAAAAAUAGCAUCCACUUUGGAGUGGAUCUUUCAGAGGCUCAGAGGGAAGACCAUCCCGAUGGUCCUAUUCUCCAAGCCAUGCCUUCGGAGCAAAUCCGUUGUCAGUUGAUCAACAUGGCGAAGGUACUUCAUCGUUCCAUCAACGUGAUCAACCCGAACAAGAAGAAAUUGGAGCGCGAGAAGCUCAGAAAUGUGAUGGUGAACCAUUAUCACGAGACGAAGGUGAAGGAGCACCAGAGGAUCUUGGGAAGACACAAGAUCAUCGAGGAGAGGAAGGAGUAUAUCGAGCACAUCAACACCGUGCGAGAGGAAGAAGAAUCGCGUCGUCAGGAGGAAAUCCAACGACAAGUGAUGCUCGCUGAGCAGAAGCGACUCGACCUGGAGAGAGAAGAGAGGGAGAGAAAGCGUCACCAGAGCGAGAUUCAGCAGAUCAAGGACCGACACUUGAAGGAAAAGAUGCAGCAGAUCUCGCAGACGAGUCACGGGCAGAAGGUGCUCAAGAAGCUUGAUGAAGAUGAUAUAAAAAAAAUGGAUGCUGAGCAAAUCGCUGCUCGCGAAGCUGAGGAGCUGCAGAAGGAGAGAAGAGAAACGCAGCAGAAGCUCAAGUCCCAGGAGAAGAAGGUUGAUUACUUGGAGCGGGCAAAGAGAAUCGAGGAAAUUCCGCUCCUCGAGAAGGUCAUGGAAGAGAAGAUGGAGUUGGCGAAGAAGAGAUGGGAGCAGCAGGAAGAGGAGAGAAUUCAAGCAGCGAUUGAAGAACGGGAACAGGCUGUCGCGACGAGAGAACGCAUGGCCAGGAUGAAGGAAGAUCAUGACAGUUUCUUGGAGAGAAUUCUUGCCGAGAGACGAAGUAUUUAUUUGGAGAAGUUGAGGGAGUUUGAGAAGAGGUUGAAUGAGGCGAGGGCGAAGAGAUUGUUGGAGAGAAAAAUUCAGAGGAAGGCUGAGAGGAAAGCUAAUUGGCUGAGGGAGAGGCAUGAGGCUGCGGAGAGGAAACGUUUGGAGAUGUUGAGAAUUAGACAAGAGGAGGAGAGAAAGAUAUUGGAGGAGGAGAGAGCAAUAAGAGAGGAAGAGGAGAGGAAGAAGCGUGAGGAAAGGGAGGCGAAAGAAGCCGAGCAUCAAGCCAAGUUGGACCAUAUUGCGGAGAUCACUAGAGCUAAGAAUGAAGAGAUUGAGCGGAAAUUGGAAGAGCAGAGGCAGAAGGAUAGAGAGAGUACGAGAGAGAAGCCGGAUCUUUGGAGACGAGGAGGAGAGCGGAUUGAGAGAGGUGGUGAGAGAAUUGAACGAGAAAGAGGUGGUGAUAGAGGAGAGCGAGGAAUGGAGAGAGAUAGAUUCAGCAGGGAUGGUCCUCCUAGAUCAGCGGAUACGGGAUCCUCUUGGCGAACAGCAAGAACUGCUCCUGCAGAUGGUCCGAAAGAUGAUUGGAAACGAAAUGAUUCUGACGAUAGUCGAUUCAGAAGUCGACGUGAAAUUGCUGCUAGAGAAAACGACGAUGAUGGUCCCAAGCGUGAGAUUCCUGUAGACGAUGAUGCUGAUAUGAGGAAAAAGGUCGAACCUGUACGCGAUGAUACAGAAAAACGUUUCCAAAGAAGAGACUUCAGUAAAUUGGCUGCUGGCGUUGGUGGUGGUGGUGGUGGCGGAUCGUGGCGCGAUAAUAUAGGGGGACCAGGUCGUGAUCUACCUCCUCGACGAGGAAUCGAUGAUCGUGAUAACCGGGAUUCACGGGAUUCGCGUGACUCGCGAGAUUCACGUGACACGCGUGACUCCCGAGAUUCACGGGAUGAACGUCCAAGAAUGGGUGAAAGACGGCCUUUCCGAAAUGAAGAACCAUCUCGAGGUGACGCUGGCGGUGGAGUAAUGAGCAGCUGGAGGUCUGCUAGAGCCGCUGAGGCAGCGAAAGAGGCUCCUAAGGAAAUUAAACGCGAGGAGAGGAAAGAUAUUGCAGAACUAGAAGAUGAUGGCUGGUCCAAAGUAGCACGUCGUUAAUCUUAUUUUAAAAAGUAAACUUGACUUUUAUACUUUAUGGAGACAAUUAUGUACGCCAUUAGAUUGAAAGCUCCACUCAAAGAUUUAAUCAUUUGACGUUGGAGUAGCUUUUUUAUCUUGUAAAUCAUCUUAUUUUUGGUUGAAAGUAUCACGAAACUAUAAAUAAGGGAACUUGGUGAACAAGAUUCUAAUCGCGAAUACAAUAUGUGCACUUUUUAAUUUCCUUUUUGUAUUAUACAUCAGUGUCACAUUCGUCAAUAAGUCCAUCGACGAUUUGCACUUUUUUUCUAUCAAGUGUAGUCCCAGUGGGACUUGAAGAUUUUUUUCAGGAAUUUCGAGGACACUGCUUGUUCAAGCAGUCAUUGUAAGAGCAGUUAAAAGGCUGCUUUGUUAGAAUUUAUUAAAAAAUAUCGACAAAUAGGCUUCGAUGCUCUCAGAAUAAGAGAGCUUGAAAUUUUCUUAGCGCCAAUAAAGUUCUCUUGUAUCCUAA